AUCCAAUAUAUACAGAUUCAAACUAUCUUAAAAGUGCACUAUUCUCAUCCAAAUAUCCCUAAAAAUGGGAAUACUUCAACUCAACUCACAUAAUUUAGCUUCUUUCUCAGUAUCCCAUAAUUUCAGCAACACCCCUCACAGAACUUUAAAGGGUUUUAAUAUUCUCAGUCUUCCCCGAGGGAGAAUUCCGGCCAUCGGAACUACCCGCCAGAGUGAACCGGAGACUGCAGUAUCGGAAGAAGAAACAACUGAGGCUGCAGUGAAUUUUGCAUUUGUUAGUUCUGUUUUGCUUCCUGAUGGAACACCGGAUGUGCAUUAUCGAACAGCCUGUGGUGGACAGAAACUUAGGGACAUAAUGUUGGACAACAACGUCGAAUUGUAUGGACCAUACGCUAGACCUCUGCUAAAUUGUGGGGGAGGAGGAACCUGUGGAACGUGCCUUGUUGAGGUUGUCGAAGGAAGGGAACUAUUGACUCCUCGUACAGACAAAGAGAAGGAAAAAUUAAAACGGAAUCCGAAGAAUUGGAGACUGGCUUGUCAAACCACUGUUGGCAAUGCAGAUUCCAGAGGCCUGGUUGUAAUCCAACAACUUCCUGAAUGGAAAGGGCAUGAUUGGGUUUAUGGAAAAGAACCACCACCAGAAGAUGAAACUGCCACUAUUUGACAUUUUAAAUUACACAAUCAAAAAUUCUGCUUUGGAUCCUGAUGAGUUAUUCAAAUUAAAUCAGAUACUGCUGGUCCCCUCUUCUUGUAGAGAAUACAGCAAAAUCAAGAUUGCAAUAGAUUGAUCAUGUUACUUCUUUCGUUGACAAAAUUUGAUGUAAUAAUUUAACUGCUUGUUUUGUAUGAAGAAUUAGAGGAGACUCGAGAGUAUAAUGAAUAGGAUUUUAAUAUAUUUU